GGCGCGAGUGUCUUCUGUUUUUAUCGUCGUGACAAUUAUUAAAUGCAUGUUUAGUUAACGUCUUCAUAUUAAAUUGGUUUUCAAUAAUGAGCGACACAUCUGCAAAUAAGGAAGUUUCCGAAGCAGAGAAUUCGAAGCGGCAGGACUACCUGCAUUGGGAUGAUUACUUCAUGGCCACGUCCGUGCUCUCAGCCCAGCGCAGCAAAGACCCUGUCACCCAGGUGGGCGCCUGCAUCGUGGACCAGCAGAAGCGCAUUGUUGCCAUUGGUUACAAUGGAUUACCGCGCAACUGCAGCGAUGACGAGUUCCCCUGGUCGAAGUUAAGCAAGAACAGUUCUCCCGAUUCCCUGGAGGAAAAGAAGUUGUAUGUGGUCCACGCCGAGGCCAACGCCAUACUCAACUCCAAUGGCGGCAGUUUGGUUGGUACAUGCCUGUACACCACGCUCUUCCCGUGCAACGAGUGCGCCAAGCUCAUUAUACAGUCUGGCAUCCAGAAAAUUUUUUACAUGUCGGACAAGUAUGCCCAUAAGCAAAUAUACCGCGCAUCCAGGCGCAUGCUCGACUCCGUUGGCGUGGUCUGUACCCGGCACGUGCCCGCCCAGAAGCAGAUACUCAUUGACUUUGACGCGUUCCUCCAGGACGAUAGAUGAAGCACUCAUUCAACAGACGAAACUAAAUCUAAAUUGAUGUGAAUUUUAUGUACAUUUUUGAUUCAUAAUUUAUUAUAAGUAAUUGUGAUUCUUUUAAUAAACUGUAGUAAAAUGUGUCAUUGUUUUGAAAAA